AUUCUAGGAUGGAAACUAGCAAAAUCAAACAUAGCCUAAGUGUAUGCAUGAACUUUGAAGUGCAAUUGGCUCUCAAAGUUGUCUUCAGACCAGGCUUCAUCGUUCGAGAAGCUAAUUUGAAGAGAAGAGCGGGGUUUCCUUGAGAGAAAAAUACUAAUAUCUACUGCUAUAAUGCUACUUGAAAUUCAAAAAUACUACUUUAUAUUAGUGGGGGAAAAAAAGGAAAAGAAAACAACUCUCUCUCUCUCACUCCAAAAAGCUCUUUUCUCUUGCUCUGUUCUCUCUCACUCUCUCAACGCAUCUUAAACUAUCAGCUUUUUACUUCUUCUUCUUUUUUAGUCUUAAGGAAUUGGAUGGAUUGUAAUUCAAAUCUGAUUUUCAUUACAAUCUAUAACAAAAACUAGGAUUUGCUUCAGCAACUGACUUUUUAUACUUGCUCUGGGAAAAAGUUUUCAGAUUUAUAUAGGCUAGUUUCAGAUACGAAUCCAUAAGACACAUGGGUUUGGGUAUAGGAGGAAGAUUGAGAACCUUAUUGGAAUAAGAUUGAUUUGGGUGUUGAAUUUUGUUAUUGAAGAACUGGGUUUUCUGGGGAAAGUAGUUUGGAGUUCAGAAUUGUGGGUUUCAAGGGUAUGGCUUUGAUUAUUUUGAGUUUUUGAGAAUUGGGUUUCAAGGAAUUGGGUUAAAAGAAGCAAAAUUUUGUGACUUUGGAGAUUUGGAGGGUGGUUUUGGGUGUCUGAGAAGAGGCUGUUGUAGUCAUGUUCUAUGGUACAGCGGCAUGGGACCCUUGGCAUAUUGUUGCCCAAAUUCUUUGCUUUCGAUGCUUGUACUAUCUCUCCCUAGGACUAGGAGUAUUCUUGACAUUUCUUGUCGGGACUCGAGUGUCUCGGAUGAGCCCUGUGUAUUUCUUUGAUUGUGCUGCCGUCAUUACCUCUACCGUGACCGGUUGGUGUGUGUCAUUGCUUCGUUUUUGCUGAGCUCUCUUGCAGGGCUUUUUGGGAGCCUAAAUGAGCUUGCUGUAGUCAUGUUCUAUCGUGCAGUGGCAUGGGGCCCUUGCCUUAUUGUUGCCCAAAUUCUUUGCCUUCAAUGCUUAUACUAUCUCUCUCUAGGAGUAUUCUUGACAUUUCUAGUCGGGACUCGAGUGUCUCGGAUGAGCCUUGUGUAUUUCUUUGAUUAUGCUGCCGUCACUACCUCUACCGUGACCGGUUGGUGUGUCAUUGCUUCGUUUUUGCUGAGCUCUUUUGCAGGAGCUGGCAUUAUGCUUCAUUUGAUUGAGAGGGCCAAAAAGUGCUUAGACUUUUCAGCCACACCGUACAUCAUCCAUAUCUUUAUAUGCAUCAUAUAUGGAGGUUGGCCUUCUUCAAUAACAUGGUGGGUUCUGAAUGGCACUGGAGUUGCAGUGAUGGCUUUGCUAGGUGAAUAUCUGUGCAUUAAACAUGAACUGCGAGAGAUUCCCAUUACACGAUUCCGUUCAAGAUCAGCAGAAUUGAUUUGAGACUAUUUCCAUGCAGAUGUUUGACUGAUAAAGAAACUGGACAGGCAAGCUCAAAUUUUCAGUAAUGGCUGUCUCUUCAGUACUUUGGAGGAUCUCCUGGAUGAAGCUCAUGAAGUACCAAAUUUAAUCUGUGCUGAGGAAAAAAAAAAACCUUUACCUUUGGAUUUUUUCCUUUGCUGAUGGCUAUGACAGAAGAUGACCAAAGAAAUUUGAGAUGACGUUGAAAUGAUGGGAAGAAUGAGAAAUAUGAGACUAGGUAUGCAUAGCAUCACGAAAUGUUUAAUGUAUAAUUUUUAG